AUGUCUUUCUCCAAGCUUGCAACCCUUUCCACCCUCCUAGUCUCAGCCUCGAUGGUUGCAGGCCACGGCUAUGUCUCCAGCAUCGUCGCUAACGGCCAGAAUUAUACCGGUUAUAUCGUGAACGAGUACGCCUACCAAUCCAACCCACCCAAAAGCGUUGGCUGGGCCACAACAGCCACCGACCUUGGCUUCGAAGAUGGUACUGAAUACCAAUCUCCCAACAUCAUCUGCCACCGCGACGGCACCAACGCCGCCCUCUCCGCAACUGUCUCUGCUGGGUCCGACAUCGACAUCCAAUGGACGACCUGGCCAGACUCUCACCACGGACCCGUCAUCACUUACCUCGCCUCCUGCAAUGGUGACUGCAGCACAGUCGACAAGACCAAGCUUGAAUUUUUCAAGAUUGACGCUGUCGGUCUUAUGGAUGACUCGAGUGUUCCUGGGACUUGGGCCACAGAUAAGUUGAUCGCUGCUGGGAACCGGUGGACGGUCACGAUCCCGAGUUCUAUUGCAGCGGGCAACUAUGUUAUGCGACAUGAGAUCAUUGCCUUGCAUUCGGCUGGUACGAAGGAUGGGGCGCAGAACUAUCCUCAAUGUUUGAAUCUCAAGGUUACUGGGGAUGGGAGCGAUGUUCCUGAAGGCACGCUGGGCGAGAAGCUGUAUACUGACACCGAUGCGGGCAUUCUGGUGAACAUCUAUACCACCAUUUCGAACUAUGUUAUGCCUGGUCCGGCUUUGUUCAGUAGCUAA